UAUUUUUUGUGUCCGUGGAUUAGCUCUGCACGAUAAUUAUACUCUGACGGAGUCGACAUCUGCCAAUAAGUUCAAGGUAAUUUCCAUGUAGACCACGGAGAAGAUUUCACACGUAUCUGUGGAUCUCUAGGAAACAUUCUGGAAUUAUCAGACAGACAUUACACGGAACAUUUCCUACAGGUGUUUAGCAUAGAGGUUCCUGGUUUUAUCUGUCUCCAGGUUCCAAGGAAUCUUGACUGGAUCUGACACCAGGAACAAUUGUCUAGUAUCCUGGUAACCACAGAUGGGCGACUCGACGCCAACCCACUCGGGUACAGCCAAUGCCUCCGAGUAUGAUUACCUCAUUAAAUUUCUGGCACUAGGGUGUCAGACUAGACAGGUACACAGGAUACCAGGGGUUGAUGGGUCAGUUGGCCGGAGUCAGAGAGUUCAUCUACAGCUCUGGGACACAGCAGGACAAGAAAGGUUUCGGAGCUUGACAACAGCCUUUUUCCGAGAUGCAAUGGGCUUCCUUCUCCUGUUUGACUUGACCAGUGAGACGUCUUUCACCAAUAUUCGGAACUGGCUUUCUCAGUUACAGACACAUGCGUACUGUGAGAACCCAGAUAUUGUACUGUGUGGAAAUAAGGCAGAUUUAGAGGAUAAGAGGAUGGUGUCAGAGGAAAGGGCUAGAGAAACUGCUGAAAAAUUUGGGCUUCCUUAUUUCGAGACGAGUGCUGCAACCGGACAAAAUGUCGCCAAAGCAAUGGAAUGUUUGCUGGACAUGGUGAUGAUCAGGAUGGAACAAUGUAUAGACAAGUCCCAACUGCCGGGAGCUCGUAACGGUCACGGACGACACGGGAAGUACGAAAUGGACGAGGCAGGUGAAGGGGGAGGAUGUGCAUGCUGAUCGUGAUGUAAAUCGUAAUUAAGGUUGUAAUAAAUUCAAAGUGAAUGGACGCUUGAAGCUCGAUCAUCUUUCAUCAAUUAAUUCAGAUAGAAAAGUUACUUUCUGUUGCUUACAAAUACACAUUCAAAAAAGAGAAAGUAGAAUAUGGAACCAACCUUAUCAUGUACUGUUUAAUGUCAUAAGAUUUUGUUUUUAAUCAAUUAAGAUAGAAAUUAUAAGGUAACCAAAACCUUUUUUUUUCCUGUAAUGGCCGGAAAAGUAACGUCCAAGAUCAUAGCUUGUCUUGUGUUCUGCUUCUGAUAUUUGCCUGAAUCUGCAAUGAAUUUCACUGUGUUCAGUUACUAAGAUAUUUAAUUUGAAAAUAUGUAUUUUUACAAAUAAUGUACAUAUGGUUUGACAGCUGACACAUUGAGAAGCAUAUGUUAGUUGUUUUGAGUGAGUUAUAUGUCAGUUUUGAACGUUUCGAUAGGUUGUGUGAUGAAACAAAUUAAUAAAAUGGUUGUGAA